AAACACGAAAUGCUAGAGCUGUUUGUUUCCCCUUCUUUUAUACCAAGAAGAUUUUACUGUUUCUCGUUAAUUGUUUGAUAGUUGGUGGCUGUGCUGGGAGAUUCAGCUGUCUUAAUAUAAUUGCAUUUCCGUGAACUCUGCGAUUUAAAGUCGCAUGACAUCUUGCAAUCGACAAUCUCGCUGACUCGAUAACCAAAACAAUGGAGAGCAUACCAAUGUAUCCGAGGACCACCAAAAUUGACCGACUGAAUGAACGAGUGUCCAGGUUGUUGACUGCGGCUGUGAACGAAGUUCUCGAACUUGUGCGAGACACUGUUUCAGAAUAUCAGGAGAAAACUUCACGGACUCAGCGGGAGAAUGAACGACUCCGAAAGAGACUUCGGACCUCUCUGAAGAGCAACCGAGAGGCGAAGAGAGCAUCAGCUGAGCAGCACCCACUACCAACACCGGAGGAACAGCAACAACGACACCUGGAUAUCAAGCCAGACGACACACCUGCUGCAAGACAAGUGUCGGACCUCACAGGCGACGAUGUCGAGCUGAAACCAGGCGGUGCCGAGUCCGUAGACACUGGAGGGACAGUGGCAAAGAUCGAGCCUGGGUGCACAGAAGAGGGCCCUCCUGCCCACGCACCGUCGACUUCGUACACAGACACUGACAUAGCAGCUGACCAGAAAUCCACAGUGGUCGACCUUGGCGAAGAGGCUGAGCUGAUGAUCCUGGAGAACGGAGACACCUGCCCCUUGAGUGCUAUUUUCACCGACGCGACACAGUCUGGUUCCAGUCCACAGACAUCCGAUGCCUUUAACUCUCCUUCGUGCUCCUUCCAGAUCUCUGAAGUUCGUACCUUACAGCAGCAGGGUCGGAGGGGCAAUGGGCGUCUCGGCGGCCCCGGCUCCAACCGCUCGCUUCCGUCUGCAGUCCAUCAAAAGGCCACGCAGAGCAGUAGCAGUAGCAGCCGUCGCCUCCUCCGCUCCAGGGCGGCUGCGUCGUCAUGCCAACCGAUGCAACAUCAGGACCAAGCCUCCGAAGAGUACCACAACCACCACGUCAAAACGGAGCCGCCGGCACACAUGUUCACCAGAGCUGAGUUAGCAGACGAAAGCUUUGACCAGGGCGAGGGUUUGAGCUUGCUACAACACAGCGGUGGAGGGCUGUCUGCUUACCCCCAUGCCGUAGACUCAAGCAGAGACUUUGACUUCAUGGCGAAUAUGAGCUCCAGCCAGCAACACCCCCAGAUAUCUCCCACCCAAUCACACGCUGCGACCACCACUCGCUACCCAGCCUACUCCAACCAUCAUCAUCAUCAUCAUCAUCAUCAACUACUUCAGCAGCAGCAGCAGCAGGUCUGGAUGUCCCCCUCGGCCCACCACCAUCCCCACCCCCACCAUGACCACAACUCUGGACAGCACGCCAACGUAUCCAAGAACCCCCACCCGCCCUCCAGCUCAUCCUCAUCCACCACCGGCACCAAGAAGCAUGUGUGUCCCGUGUGCGGGCGCUCCUUCUCUGGCUCGGGCGACCUCAACAAGCAUGUGCGCAUCCACACCGGAGAAAAGCCGUAUGCGUGCACCACGUGUGGCAAGAGGUUCCGCCGCGCCGACCACCUGCAGACGCACCGCCGCGUGCACACCGGCGAGAAACCCUACGUGUGCCCGGUGUGCGGGCAGAGGUUUAGUGUACGCACCACGCUGCAGAAGCACCGGCUUACGCAUGGCACCGGCGGUGGUGCCGCCAACGGUGGAAAUCGCACGCGAGUCGCAAGUGCGGGAAGACGCUCUGGCUCAGCUCGCAGCUGAUGAAGAGUCACAAGGUCACACACAGGAUUAGGUGAUGGGGUAGUGAAGGUGAUGGACAUUCAAAGGAUGAAGGUAGUGGCAGAGACAAUUGAUACAGUAGAGACGGUUCAUAAGGAAUCUCUUCCGUAUUCCAUGUGACACAACGUUCUAAGUGGUAAGAUGUUCUAAAGCCAUGCCUCUUUAGGAGACUAGGAGAAUGAAUGAGUUCAGUGGAAAGUGGAAACACAUGUCCAUUUAGGUGACGAGAUUUGAUCCCACCUUGUUCUAUUGAUGACGUGUUAUGAUUUAUCUUGGUCACCAUAUUGAAAAUCUUGUGGUUAUGGACGUCCCACAAGCUGUCCGUUUGUCCAUAAAGAGCGUUUUGCCUGAGGGUGAAAGGUCAUCAUUUAAAUUGACUAUCACCAAAUGUGAAAUCCAAGAGUGACUCUGGAUUUAAUCAAAUUGAUGAAAAAUAUACAUUUACAAAAGUCCAUAUUUGUGGAAAGUUUAAACUGUUCCUCAGUCAAGUUGAUGCACAUUUCACAGAUUCAGGGAGGGUAUAGUAGGAUUCAUACAGUAGAUUAUGUUGUAUAUAUAUAUUUGUGAGAGA